UGCUCCUCCUCCAUAAUAAAAGCCUCCGAGCUCCGUUACUGCGGUGUCGGUUCGUGCUGCUUUCACGGACCUGCGGCUCACCUCAGCGAACCAGAACCGGAACCAGAACCGGAACCGGAGCUGCUGGAGGACCGCGGACCACGGACCAGGGAGCGGACCGACCGCUGGACCGACGCCGCGGUGAACGUCUCCUCCUCCGGCCACAGCGGAGAGCAGCGUCCGCCUGGAGCUCCGGUGGAGGCGGCUAACUGCAGCUAGCUGGACCCACCGGGACCGGAACCGAGCGGGUUCUGGACCGGAGCAGACCGGGUUCUGGACCGUGUCUUUGUGUCGUCGGUAGACCGACUGAACCGACCAGAACGGGAGAGGGUUUAUUCGGUGUUUUUUUUAUUCUCCGGGUCGGGACCGGGACCUGCGAGGAGUUCGGGUUCCGGUAAAUCCUCUAGAGGACCAGACAUGAGGCCCGGACGGGACCCGGGACCCGCAGAAACCCGUUUCUAGCCUCGAACCCGGUUUGUCGCGGAUCGUUGGGCCUCCGGUUCCGGUUCCUCCAGGACCAUGGGCACCCAGGGACCGGGCCGGAAGAGGAUCCCGAACCGGGACAAGCUGACGGCGGAGGACGACGCUCUGAACCAGAUCGCCAGAGAGGCCGAGGCCAGGUUGGCGGCGAAGCGAGCAGCGAGAGCCGAAGCUCGGGAAAUCAGAAUGAAGGAACUGGAGCGACAGCAGAAGGAGCUCUUUCACUCUCACAAGAAGUAUUAUGGUCUGGAUAAUAAAUGGGGCCACAUUGAGCAGUGGAUGGAGGACAGUGAGCGGUAUUCUCGCCACUCACGGAGACAUGCUUCGGUGUCAGACGAUGAGGAGAGGAUGUCUGUGGGGAGUCGAGGCAGCCUGAGGCCUUCAGACUACAGUGGUUUUUUGGGCUCCAGCUCUCGGGCCUCCUCCAGGGCGAGUUCUGCUCGUGCUAGCCCAGUGGUGGAGGAGAGAACCGACAGAGACUUCCUGGAGAAGGGCUCCAGGACGGCGUCCACACUGUCCGCCGCCACGCUGGCCUCUCUGGGUGGAGCCUCGUCCCGCCGGGGCAGCUGCGACACAUCAUUCUCCGUGGAGACCGAAGCAUCCAUCAGGGACAUGAAGGACUCGCUGGCCGAGACAGAGGAGAAGUACCGGAAGGCCAUGGUGUCCAACGCCCAGCUGCACAACGACAAGUCCACCCUCAUGUACCAGGUGGAGGCGCUGAGGGAGGAGCUCAGCGACAUGGAGGAGCUGCUGUGGGAAGCUCGCCGUCGCCACGACGACCGCACCAAGGAGUUUGAGCACGAGCGUCAAAAUCACAGCGUUCUGCAGUUCCAGUUCAAAGAAAUGAAAGAAACUCUGAGACAAAGUGAAGAACUGCUGACGGAGGUCUCAGAUCUGCGUCUGAAGAGCAGCAGCUACUGUCAGGAGGUUUUGGACCUCCAGGAGGCUCUACAGUGGAAGGAGAAGAAGAUCUCGGCCUUAGAGCGGCAAACAGAAAUCUCCGACAUCGUUCGGAUCGAACGCGACCGACUCAGAGACGACGUGGUCCGACUGAGAGAUUUACUGAAGAAACACGGAGUUGUUGUUUCUCCGGACGUCACCACCAAUGGGGAUGCAGGACGAGGCGGGUCUGAGGAUGACAUAAGCGUGGACGCUGCCACUCGAUUGGCCCAGGAGGCGCCUCACAGUGGCAGAGAGAGCAUGCUGGAGCUCAGACUGAAGAAGCUGUUUGAAGAACGAGAGAGUUUACAGGACCAGGUGAGGCUGCUAAAGUCUCAACUGGACCAGAAGAAUGGGACCGACGGAGUCCAGAACCCAGAGGGGGGUCUGGAGAACGGGAUGGACGCUCACCUGCUGGACCUGCAGAGAGACGCCAACAGACAGAUCAGCGAUCUCAAGUUCAAACUGGUGAAGUCUGAGCAGGAAGUCACCACUCUGGAACAAAAUGUGAUCCGGCUGGAGGGUCAGGUGAGUCGCUACAAGUCGGCCUCAGAGAAUGCCGAGAAGAUCGAAGACGAGCUGAAGGUGGAGAAGAGGAAGCUGCAAAGAGAGCUGCGUUCCGCUCUGGAUCGGAUCGAUGAGUUGGAACUCAAUAACUCUCACCUGAACAAACGUCUGGAGAAGAUGAAGGCCAAUAGGAACGCUUUGCUGGCCCAGCAGUGAAGCUCCACCCUCAGCAGUGAAGCUCCUCCUCCUCCAGGUGGAGUCCUGUCAUCUGCAUGAAGCUCCGCCCACCGAGCGUUAAACAUCCGCCUCAUUGAUUAGACCAGGAUGUGAAGGUGGUGAGAACUAAAGAGAUCAAAUCUGAAGCUUUUUUGCACUUGAUCAGAAACAAACCUUAAAUGUAGCUGAACCUCCUGUUUUCUCCACAUUACAGCUCAUUUUUAUUCAGAUGUGAGCUGAUAUUUACUCUGUGGGCUGAUGAUUGUUUUUACUGCAACUUGUAGCAGAUUUUAAAGCAUGUUUUUUUCGUUGUGAUGUGGAGGAAACAGGUUUCCAUUGGUUUAGAGAACUAAUGACAUCACAGGAAGUGGUUUUAACAGUUUGUACGAAGCACUACGGUAGUAGUUCACCUGGUUUACCUGCUCAGGUGACCAGACAAGGUCCAACACUAACCGAGGAACUGAAUGUGAUGACUUACUCAUGUUUUUCUUCCUGACGCUCAGAUAACAAGCAAGCCCCGCCCACCUGGUCAUACAGGUGAGCUAAGCCCCGCCCAUCUGGCUUGCCCACUUGGGGGCUUCAGGUGAGGUAAGCCCCGCCCACCUAAAGCACCAGGUGAGGUAAAACCCGCCCACUUGGUGUUUCAGGUGAAGUCAAACAAACACUACAUCUGCCUCAUUAGCAUCCAUCUAUGGGGACUCCAGUAAUACCUCUUCUACUACACUGGGGGCGCUGCCUCCCCCAAAGACUGGAUCAGACCAGAACAAACUGGAUCAGACUGGAACAGGACAGAUUUGACUGGAUCGGACUGGAAAAAACUGGAACAAUCCAGAUCAGACUGGAUCAGAAUGAAUCAAUGUGGACCAAGCUGGACUAGACCUGACUGGUCCUGAUGAAAGUGGACCAAGGAAAUCAAACCAGAUCAAACCAGAUCUGACCAGCCAGACUGGUUUGAUCUGGUCUGAUCUGGUUUGAUCCUGUUUUAUUUAGUUUUGUUCAGAUUAAACUGAAUCAAACUGGAUUAAACUGAAUCAAACAGGAUCAAACCAGAUCAAACCGGAUCUGACCCAUCUGGAUCCGACUGGCAGCAGUUUUGUUUUUUAUUUUAUUUUCUUCUCGGUGGUUUUAGUUUUGUCUCCUCAGUUUUUCUGUUUUCCUGUAGAAACUGUCGAGCCAAUCAGCUCGUCCUGUUUUUAAUAUGAUUUUUCAUGGUUUGAGCUCUGGAGCCCCGCCCACUCCGCUGUGACAUUCCUGUUCAGGUGACAGAGGAGGCAUGGCCUCGUGGGCGGAGCCUGAAUCAGGAUCUUUAUGUUGGUUUUUAGGACCCUUCAUGGCACUCGGGAUGUAAAAGCACCAGCUUGUAAAAUGUCUGUAAUCAAUCAAUUAUCGCAGAUCAAUAAGUUUUAUUGGUAAAAGCAUCGAACUCUUAAAGUUGAUGUUGUGAAUGUACGAGACGCUGCAGAGCAUCGAUACGAAGCGAUCGCACUGGAGGUCUGGGAACUUCUUUUAUUUAAUCGAUCAGGAUGUGGGGUAUCAAUCAAUCAGUGAUCGGUGAGGGUUAUUGAUCAGUGUGACGGGUCUUUGAAGCACUAUAAUAAACUCAUGCAACAUCUCA